AUGGUGCUGCUCGGCUUCAUGCUGAACUACGCUCUCCGCGUGAACCUGACCAUCGCGAUCGUAGAGAUGAUCUACGACGAAAAGGACAACCACACCGCCAUCGUCGCCAAUCUCACCAGCACGAUGAAUGUCACGCAGCAUCCGGAGCACAUAGAGCAGACACGAUACCACUGGGACACGAAGCAGAGGAACCACCUGCUCGGCUGCUUCUUCUGGGGGUACGUGCUCACGGAAUUGCCGGGCGGCCGGCUGGCGGAGAUAAUCGGCGCACGGCGGGUGUUCGGAUAUAGCACGUUGUUUGCGAGCAUCCUCACUCUGCUGUCUCCUGGUGCCGCGGCACUGGGUUUCGGAUGGAUAGUUACACUGAGGGUCGUCCUGGGCUUCCUGCUGGGGGCCACGUGGCCCGCCAUCCUCCCCAUGGCCUCCAAAUGGAUCCCACCGAUGGACAGAUCCAAAUUCAUGUCCAACAUGAUGGCCUCGUCCCUCGGUGCCGCCAUAACUAUGCCGAUUUGUGGGUUCCUCAUCGCCCAUUUUGGAUGGGAGUCUGCGUUUUACUUCACCGGCAUUAUCGGCGUGAUGUGGUCCGUGGCGUGGUUCGCGGUCGUUUACGACUCACCUGCGCAGCAUCCCCGCAUCUCGGAAACUGAGAGGAACUACCUGCUGAAGGCUUUGCCACAGGAUAACAACACGAAAGGGCACAUGCCGGUGCCGUGGCGAAGAAUGCUCCUGUCCGCACCCGUCUGGGCGAUCAUCGUCACCCACGGCGCCUCCGUCUUCGGCUACUUCACCGUCGUCAACCAGCUGCCGACCUACAUCGAGAGCAUCCUGCGCUUCAACAUCAAACACAACGGACUUCUAUCAUCUCUUCCGUACCUGGGCAAGUAUCUUUGCGCGUUGGCUUCCUCUGUGCUGGCUGACUCCUUGCGCCGCAGCGGGCGGCUCUCCACCACAGCAGCGAGGAAACUCUUCACCGGUUUUGCCGUCGGCUUACCUGGAGUAAUGAUGCUGGUGCAGGCGUUCCUCGGCCACGAUCGCGUGUGGUCGAUUGCCAUAUUCACCCUGGCGCUGACGAUCAACGGCGCCGUCACCGCCGGCUACCUCGGCAACGGGCUGGACAUCGCGCCGAACUUCAGCGGCACCAUCUUCGGUAUGGCGAACACGCUCUCAUCCUUCGGCGGCUGGCUGUCUACGUUCAUGGUCGGGGAGCUCACCAAAGUGCACAACACAUACGAGCAGUGGCAGAUCGUGUUCUACAUACUGGCCGGCACGUACGUGCUGGGCGCUCUGUGCUUCGUGUGUUUCGGCUCCGGCGAGCUGCAGCCCUGGAACUCGCCCAACGAGCCAGCUCCCAGCGGCGCCGAGCAGCAGCCGCUCAACGAGGAGAAGGCC